AGUUCUUACCAAAGUCUUGGAUUGAAUCAUCACUAAGAUUACCGACGAUUGUGGCGAGAAUUUUCUGUCUUUGCUCCGAGAAGGGGAGAGGCUCUGUCGUCGGUAUUGUCUUGUGGGAACAUCAUGUACAGGCUGAAGGACAACUUGACUAUAUAGGGAGAAUUGUUGAAUUCUUUGAAUCAACUAAAAAGAAGCCAUACAUUGCUGUCAAGUGGUUCUUCCGAGCUGAGGAUACUGUCAUCCAAGUCCAUUCAGAUCAAAUUCUUGAUAACCCAUUGGAUUGUAUUGUUAACAACAUUACUGUUGUUCAAUCAUCAUCACAAGUACGGGUUCUUUCAUUUAUGUUACAACCGCAGUAUGAUUUUUCCUUUCAAAACAAAAGGAAUGAAGCACUUGAAGGCCUUGAAACUGACAAUUCCACUUGCAAAGCUGAACAAAAUUUACAAUUUGUUUUCCUGUACAGGGCCUUCACGCCCUUCUUCAAAGACAAUCCUACGAAGACUCCCGCUGAUAUUGCCUUCUUCUAUAAAUCUUGCAUUUCUAGCCUCAACUAUUUUAAUUCUAUUAUUAGGACAACCUUUGGAUCUCUCCGCAUAGCCAAUGAGGAUUUCUUGAAACGAAGGAAAGUAAAAGUUGUUUCCAAAUCAAAAGUAAAACCAGAGUUAAGAACAAUUCUAAUGGUUCCAACAACUUCAACAGUUGAAGGCAUCAUAUUCCGGACAGAUGCAACGUUCAUUGUUAGUUGGUUUUCUUUGGCUAAGGAAGCCUGCAUAAUAUUGACAUUGUGGAUUGUAGAAGCAGAAUCAAUCCACCCAGUAUUACGAUGGAAAUCAACCAUAUUAGAUUCAAAACAUACUAAUGACGUUGUAAUUUUGUGUACCGGAAGUCUCGUUAUACUUUAUUGAUGACAAUUUUA